AGGGGAAGGCAAACCUCUGAGACGCAAAAAUGUUGUCUUCGACUUUCCGAAAGGCAGUUUCUCAAACGGCCAAGCAGAUUCGGAGCCUGCAUCAGUCGGCGUACCGCUCUGGGGCAGGUGGAGCUCUGUUUGUGCACAGAGACACUCCGGAGAACAACCCAGACACCCCUUUUGAAUUCACGCCCGAGAAUCUCAAGAGAGUUGAAGCAAUCAUAAAAAACUACCCAGAAGGACACAAAGCAGCGGCUACCAUCCCAGUGUUGGACCUGGCUCAGAGGCAGCACGGGUGGCUGCCCAUCUCAGCCAUGAACAAGGUAGCAGAAGUGCUGGAGGUGCCUCCUAUGAGGGUGUAUGAAGUUGCCACGUUCUACACCAUGUUCCAGCGCAAGCCUGUGGGGAAAUACCACAUUCAGAUCUGCACGACAACACCCUGCAUGCUCUGCAACUCUGACAGCAUCCUGGAGGCCAUCCAGAACAAACUUGGUAUUAAAGUUGGGGAAACUACGCCUGACAAAAUGUUCUCACUAAUAGAGGUGGAAUGCCUUGGAGCAUGUGUCAACGCACCAAUGGUCCAAAUCAAUGAUAACUAUUAUGAGGACCUUCUCCCGCAGGACAUUGAGCAAAUCAUCGAUGAGCUGAAAGCUGGUCGAGUUCCACCACCUGGGCCCAGAAACGGCCGUUUCUCCUGUGAGCCAGCAGGUGGAUUGACCUCUUUAACAGAACCUCCUACUGGACCCGGAUUUGGUGUGAGAGCUGACCUCUAAUGACCGUCAUAAAAACUUCUUCCUCAGACAGUUCACUCAGUGUACUUCAUUGGUGUACUCUGUGUUCAUGAAUAUUAGUUG